UGCCCCUCCACGCAAUACUAUUGAUUUUGCUAUGUGGUCGGCCCGUAGGCUAAAAGUCUUCAGACACUUCGUUAUUUCUCUCUUGUUUUUUUGCUAUUUAUGUUCUGUAUAUACUGCCAAUAGCAAAAGCCCUUUUCCCGGACAUGCUUGGAUUCUAUGCAUCGGAGAUAGUGGUUGCUAUCGAGUACCUUCACAUGAUGGGGAUCGUUUACCGUGAUCUGAAGCCGGAAAAUGUGCUGGUACGAUCGGACGGCCAUAUCAUGCUCACUGAUUUUGAUCUCUCUUUGAAGUGUGAGGAUUCAACGGCGACCCCACAGGUUAUCACUGCUAAAAAUCCGACAAAUGGCGCUGCCCCACAAAAGGACUACCAGAUCGACGCCCCUCCUUUCACAUCUUCCUCCUGCAUACUUCCAAAUUGCAUAGUCCCCGCCGUGUCAUGUUUCAACCCAAAACGCAGGCGCAAGAAGAAGUCCAGCCAGCGGAAUGGACCCGAGUUUGUCGCCGAACCGGUUGAUGUGCGGUCGAUGUCGUUUGUCGGCACCCACGAAUACUUGGCGCCGGAGAUUGUCUCCGGCGAGGGCCAUGGGAGUGCAGUGGACUGGUGGACUCUAGGGGUGUUUGUGUUUGAAUUGUUUUAUGGGGUGACACCCUUUAGAGGCGUGGACAAUGAGCUCACCUUGGCCAAUAUAGUAGCCAGAGCCCUCGAGUUCCCCAAAGAACCGGUGGUGCCGACGGCAGCAAAGGACCUCAUCUCCCAGUUACUGGUCAAAGAUCCGGCGAGGCGGCUUGGGUCGACGACCGGGUCUUCGGCGAUCAAGCACCAUUCAUUUUUCCAAGGGGUGAAUUGGGCAUUAUUGAGAUGUACGUCGCCACCAUUUAUUCCUCCACCAUUUAGUAGAGAAGUUGCAUCAAAUGAAAGCUGCCGCCCAGAGGCCCCAGUGGAGUAUUAUUAGUGGCUAAAUGAGCAAGAUCGGUUUUUGGGAUUAGUUUAUAUUCAGAUCAGCCAGCCACAGCCGCACAAUUUUUCACGGCUUAUUCUGCGAGCACAUGGCCUUUGUAAAUCUUACAAUGUGCAUAUAUCAAUAAAAAAGCAUCCUUAAUUGAAAUAUAGUUUUAAUCAAUGACUCAGAGAGACCACCUCAGCCACAUUAGCUAGCUCGUUGAGGUUUUAGAACUGUCAUCAUCAGUAAUUGUGUAUUGGAUCGCAAUAUCUUCUUUAGUUUACAGUAUAACAUCUUAUUCAUGUAUGGCUUGGCUAUGAACAUGAUGCAUCUGCCCAAACAAAGCAUGUUUGAUACUAACACAGGUCGGUGGUUUCAUUGAAAUUGUCCUUACAAACUAACACUGGUCGUCGUUUCUGUUAUCAACAUAGAGUUGUUCCAGGUUCAAACACGUUGAAGGUGUCUUUUUGCCCAGCAGAAGCCGCCCGUUGUCCGUGCUCUCGGCCUCAACGUCACAUGGGCAUUGUAUAUAACAGAAGGCAGACAACAUCUGAUACCUACUGUUGAGGGCUUGCGAUGGUGGCCAUGACUGUGGCUGAUGGAUCAAAUAGUUGUUGCACAAUCCGGAUGCAGCUUCUCUCACUUUCGGGCCUAAAAGCAAGCGAAUUGGCAAUUCUGCUAAAAGUUUUCUCCACCCAACUUUAAACAAACAGCAAUCAUAUUGAAAUGAAGAGCAAAAAAGCAAGAAGCUUGGACAGUUCUGCAGGCAGGCAGAUGAGAUGAAGACAUGGGGACAAGUUUUGCAGAGGCAAAGGGAAGAUCAGGUUACGGACGAGCUCGUUUGAAAGGGCAUAGGAUUUUUCAAUCCAAUAAUUGAGACUUGAGAGAUUUAUCCAAAUUAGACAUGUAUUUGGCGUCAUGUGUUUUGGAUUUUGGGAAUCGAAGGCAUGGACGGGAUAUUCGAUUCGACAUAACUUACAUUAGUGUUAAUUGUUAUCUACUAUUCAAUUUC